GCUCUCGAGCCCGAUCACCCUAUCAUAUACGUCAACACCGUCUUCGAGAUGGUCACCGGCUACCGUGCCGAGGAUGUCCUAGGUCACAACUGCAAUGUCUAUCAACAGCGAAACGACGCCGCCACCUGUGAUAGGAAAAAUCGGCCCUUACACCGUUUUCAUGACGCCGCCUUCUACUCCGAAGCCCGCCGUCGCCGACCCCGUCGUUCUUCAUUCUCCGAACAAGAUCGCUCCUCCGCCGCCGCAGAUUCAGAAGCCCGUUCUUCCUGAGAAACCCGUCUCCGAUGGGUCCCUUUUGGGGUUUUUCAGAAAUGCUGUUACCAAAGUGCAAACUGCCCACUCAAGUUUGGAUGAUCAUUUGGCACGUUGGUUUGGGUUGAAUCAGUCAAAGUAUCAAUGGGCUCUCGAUGAUUAUUACGAGAGCAAGGGAAUGGAAAAAGGAGACAUUAAAGUCAAAGAAAUAUCAAACAAAGUACAGAGUGUUUGACUUGCCUUGGGCUGGAUUAAUCAAAAGUGAGGUGUGAAGACUCUUGCUUUGAAUAUAUUUAUACCUUUGUAUUUACAUGUGGAGUAGAACAACUGAGUCUGAUAUGUGAAAGAGUUCUUUGACCUACAUCCAUUGAUCUGAUUCAAUGGUUAUUUUUCAACUCCUGCUGUUGAGUCCGAUUAUUUGACAGUUUGUUCAUGUGAUCCUAUUAUUAUCAAGUUGUUCUCUUGGGCAAAUGUUUUGUUCUUG